AUGUGCGUGGGGUGGAGCCCAUGGUUUCCCCCUACACACCAGACCACUGAGGUUCACAUCAACCCUGUGGAGUUCAACCCUGAGUUCAUGGAGUGUAUGAUACCCAAGGUGGAGUGGGCGGCAGUCCUGGAGGUGGCAGAUACCUUGCACCUGCCCAAAGAGCUGAUUGAGGGAUAUGAGCAUGAUGAGAAAUUUCUGAGGAAGAUGCACCACAUCCUGUUGGAGGUGGAUGUGUUGGAGGGCACCCUGCAAUGCCCAGAGUCUGGAUGUCUGUUCCCCAUCACCCGUGGAAUCCCCCAACAUGCUGCUGAAUGA